AUGUCUGUAGUUGGUGCAUUCGAUUACAAAGUGUUUUGGUGUCUCGGCCCCUCUUCCGCAGCUGCAGUCGCUCGUCUCCGCUUUCCCUAUUCUGUGCAGGUAGCCGUGGAGAGUUUCUUGGUCCUGGGUUCGAAUUUCACCAACUCGUUCCAUUCUCCGAAUUUAUAUCAUGGUCCUAAGGCUAUCACUCCUUCUCAACCUACUCCGAGAAAGCUCCCUCCUACGACGGCGGCUGCGCAACGCUACGAACAUUCUUCUUCUCUCCCUUCCUCAAUUUCAUCAACUUUCUCGAUUUACAAUGAGGUAGGAGCUAUCAAAGCACCAAGUUGGCCCGGGAGUUCGGCGACGACGAGUCCGCAUGAUUGA